AUGGCGAUCCAGUAUCGUGCAGCAGACACUGGCAGCGACAGCUUCUUUCGGAGAAAGAUUCUUCGUUCAAUCCAACAGCAAAGCUCUGGGCAGGCCAAGCUCUGUACUUUCCGAGUCACCCGGAGAGCAGUUGCGAGCUCGGACGUGCGCCUGCAGGUCGAGGAUCAGGAGAUCCUCCAGACUACUCCGAUCCUCCGAUUCUUUGAUCUUCCGAUCCUCUGGGGGAAGGAGAGAGGUUCCGAGUCCUGCCCAAAUCGGUGA